UAAGCAACAAGAGAAAAAUAGAUAAAUUUGGUUACAUCAAAAUGAAAAACAUUUGUGCCUUAAAGGACACUAUCAUUAAACUGAUAAGACAACUCACAGAAUGGGAGCAAUGAUUUGCAUAUCGCAUAUCUAAUGAAGGCCCUGUCUCUAGACUAUAUAAAGAACUCUUACAACUCAGCAAUAAAAAGACAAUUAACUCGUUUUUAAAAUGAGCAAAAAUCUGAAUUGCUAUUUCUCCUAAAAAGAUAUAAAAAUAUAUGCUUAUUAGUAUAUGAAAAGAUGUAAGAACCAGCGGGUAGGGCCAGGCAUUGGGAGAGCUCCCCACGCAGGACAAGAUGGCAUCUUCUGCACAGCUGGACUUCAACCUGAAGGCUCUUCUGGAGCAACUCAGCCAGGAUGAGUUGAGCAAGUUCAAGUCUCUGAUCAGAACAAUCUCCCUGGGAAAGGAGCUACAGACAGUCCCCCAGAUGGAGGUAGACAAGGCUAAUGGGAAGCAACUGGUAGAAGUCUUCACCAGCCACUCCUACAGCUACUGGGCAGGGAUGGCAGCCAUCCAGGGCUUAGAAAAGAUGAACGAAACCCGUCUGUCUGAGAGAGCUGAUGAACGUCGUGUGAUGCCCCUACUUUCACCCCUCCGGGAUAGUGAGCUGAUGGCUGAGCUAGAUGUUGCUUUAGCCUUGGUUCUGUCUCCGUUUUACAUGCACAUGUCACUUAACCUUGUUAUAUAUGAAAUAUCUAUAUCACCAGUAUAUUGAGAGAAAUAAAGGUGAAAUAAUUCACAUCCCCCCACUCAAAGGACUUUGAUCCAAAAGGGCAGAGAAGAGUGGUAGAUAAACAAUAAGAGCACAUGUGAUAAGUGUCUUGAAUGAGAUAUGGAAAUAAGGCUAGGGGAUUUCAGGGGAUGGAAACAUUCAAGCCUUCAAGAACGUCAAGCAACUCUGUAUCAGUAGUUGGCAUUUCAAUAGACUUUGAAGGAUGGAGAAUUUGCCACUCUCGACUAGGGGAAAGGAUGCCCAAGUGGAGGAACAGCAUGAGCAGAAGUAGGAAAGUAAAGGGCAAGACAGUGAAUAGUGAUAAAUUCAGUUUGAUAAGGGUAGCAGUAGAGACUGUAGGGAAGGAUUUUGUGCAGCUAAAGGAAUGACAGGGGAGAUAUCUUCACAAAGAAUAGUCAGUCUAGAAGUCCUUUUAGGUAGUCCCAAAUUUAUAACCAUAAACAAUGGAAGAAGGACAGUACAAAGAAGAGCUCUACAUAAGAAAGCAUGAAACUGCUUCAGAAUUGCUGUGAGGCUUCUUUCCUCUGGAGGUGAAAUGUCACCGCAUUUCUCAGAUGACAAUAGUAUGAUACUGCUCCAAAGGAAAAAGAAAAAGUACUGACUCUGACGACCAUAAUUGUAUCUGGCCAUUUUCCCUUUAUAUCAUUGGCUGUACUGCAGGCUUUCAAUAUAGACUUAGAGGAUGACUGGUCCAAAGACUCACCUAUUCAUGCUCUUGUCCAGAAAAAAAAAGAUAAGAUGUCCAUAGAGUGAAUAAAUAAGAAAUAGCCCAACCAAUUCAAACAUAUUAGGGUAUAGCCAUAUUUCUUAAUUUAUUACUUGGUUAGCAUAAAAUGAUAAAUAUUUCAGAAAAAUAGAGGCAAUAAUCUUUCCCAAUAUAUUAUUGUUUUGAAAUAUAUGAAUAAAUAAAACUAACAUCUUAAAGUUGGUAGCUUUUUAUUUUCAAAGUGGGUUCACAUCUAUAUUCUCACAGCUUAAGAGAUUAUCAGAGCAUGAAAUUUUUGCCCUAUUUUACAAAUGGGGAGACUGAGAAUAAGGUAUUCAUGACUUUCUGAGAAAUAAAAGGCUUUUGAAGUGACCAAAGAGCUAGUGUUAACUUUCCUUUUACAGAUGUGGGAACAGAGGCCUGUGGGAGUAGUUGACUUGUCCAAAGACUCAGAACUAGUGACUGAUGAAGUUGAGACUCAAAUCCUACAUUCUACCUCUUAAACCAGGAAACUUCCCUCUACACCCCACUGUUUCUGAAGAGAUUCCUAAAGGAGGAGGAUCAAAUUGAUAGCAGUGGGUCCCUCCUUCUUUCCUCACAGACAUGCACAUUAUCUACAGACAGAAAAGGAACCCUUUCUCAAAAAUGUUGGACUUCUUGAUUUAAAGAAUUGAAAAAAAAAUACACAGGACCUCCCAUGUUGAACACAUUAUUCAGUAGGUUUUAGAAACAUGUGCUGAUGGAACAGGUGCUAUAGACUGACUGUUUGUCCCCAUAAAAUUCCUAUGUUGAAACCUAACCCCCAGUGUGGUGGAAUUUGGAGGUGGGCUCUUUGGGAGGUGAUUAGGUCGUAAGGGCGGCACCCUCAAGGAUGGAAUCAAUGCCCUUACGAAAGAGGCCUCAGAGAGUUCUCUGCAUUUCCCCACGUAAGAACAUACAGAGAAGAUGGGCAUGCAUGAAGCAGAGAAUGAUUGGCCCUCACCAGAUGCUGAAUCUGCCAGUGCCCUGACCUGGGACUUUCCAGUUUCCAGAACUGUGAGUAAUUAAUUUCUAUUGUUGAUAAGCACCGAACUUAUGGUACUUAGUUAUUGCAGCCUGAAUGAACUAAGAAAACAGUUGACAACAGCAUAAUUUUUACAUUGAGGGAAUAUGGUUUUAUUUUGCGUCGUUACAAUAUUGAGAAUAUUAUAGUCAUGCAUAGGCUACAGAGUCAUCAGGAGGUAAUCGAAUCUCAGGGAUUAAAGAUAGAUGUCCCAAUCUAUUUUCCUUAGCAUAUAAAUAUUACAAGCAUUCUGCAUUUUAGAUCAACUAGAAUUGUCAGGUGAUAAUGACCCCACUAGUGUUUCAAUGAUUAAAUGACAUGCCCUUGGUCUAUGGCAUGAAAGGAUUGUUCCACAUUUAUUUUCUAAAUUAAAGUUAAUACCUGAAUAUCAAAAGAAUAACCAAACAAGGAAACAGGAAAGAAUAGUAAUGUAACUCAGAAACAGGACUUAUCUUCUGGAGGUGCAGUCAUGUUUUUAUAAUUUUAUUUUUCUAUAGAUAGAAUUGCUGUGGAUGUUGGUAUUAACUUUUUGAAUAAUUGAAGAGGUAAUAGAUAAAAAAUCGCUGUAUUCUGCAACAUUAAAAUGAUAUUUUCCUCCACUUUUUUCUUAUCUAGCUAUUCCACUUUAGAAGUUAUUUGAAAGUACAGAGGAAGAUGAACCAACAUUAGUAAGUGACCACAAUGAAGGUUAAGAUAGGCAACUUGAAAAGAGAGUGUUUUGUCAGUAAGUUAGGAAUUUGAUUUUAUCUAAGGUAGAACAUUUUUACAAGAGGAAAGACAGAAAAGAUUAUCUUUUAGCAUCAACCUCUCUAACAGUAAGAAUGAGGAAAUACAGAACAAAACCAGUCACAUGGAUAAUACAAGAACCAUCUCCAAAACUCCUAUGUAGAAAUCCAAACAUCUGAGUUUUUGUUCCAAGUCCGUUCAAGUUGAGUUGUGUGACCUUGGAUAAAUCCUCUUCUGUUGUGAUUCUUGGGGUCCAUAUGUGUCAAAUAACUUGUUUGGAAAUAAGGAACUUAAAUUCCUUGAAUCUCUGGCAUUCGAUAGCCUGGCUUUUCAGUCUGGAAACACAAGUGAUGAUGCAGUUUUUGAUAUGUUUUUGUUUUCUUUCCUUUCGUUUUGUGAGAAUUCAUUAUUUCACUGUAGAGCCUUUGAGAAGCACUAUUUUAGGAGAUGGUACCAAUGGACGAAAGUCAUUUUGAGUUUAUGUAAAUUGAAGCAGAAGUCAUUUCUUCUUAUUAAAGUCAUUUAGGGUUUCUAGAGUCUUGAAGGUUAUAUGGGAUUUGCAAUGUUCAACUUUUGUAAUUUGGUCUUUGAUGUACCCAUUAACCUCUCUUACUGGAUUUAAGGGUAAGAUAAUCUUUGAACGCCCCCACCGCCUUUUAUCAAUGUGUAUUUCAUCGUCAAAGAUAACAAACUUGGUACAAUUAUCUUUUGUGAUGGAUUAUUAGACACUCCCCUUACCUAGAAAAGGGGAGAAAUGAUGGAGUAGAAAUAUGUCGUGCUAGACUAUUAGGCAAAGACGAUGAGUCUUCUAAAUUCCCUUGUGGAGAGAGAGCAACACACUUUCAUAUCCACUUAACAGAUGCUCAAUUGCUCUCCUUUGCACUCUGAUUUUGAUGAGAGCUGUAUAACAUCUCAAUUUAGACUUCCAAUGCGUCAGUUAUUUAACUUUCAAGGUAGAGGUAUGAUGCCCAUCACAGAUGUGUUUUGAGGAUCAUAUUUUGCAUGAAGAUACUAUUUUUAAUAUUUUACUGCUUAUUGUUUACUCAGCAGGUCGGCACUUUUCUCUCCAUCUUUCUGAUAAGAGGAGAAGAGAUAAAUAAGAGGGAACGGAAAGGGACAAUAGUGCAGAUGAAGGGUGAGAAGGCUCAGAGAAAGCAACUAAUGUGCCUGAAGUCACACACAGUUAGUGAAAGGACUGACACUGAGGAUGAGGUGCCCUCAUCCCAGUUGCUGCCCUGUUAACCUUUGGGUAGCUCAAAUCAGUUUGAAGCCUCUACUUGGAAUCCUGCGUCUAGUACUCACAUUGUUCCUUCCUUAGAAAUAUGUAGAUCGACAUUGACAAUUGAAAAAAUAAUUUCAUCUAUUAGCAAAAUUGGAGAGGUUUGUUUUGAUCCAGGGUCUGAGGUGCACCAUAGAGCUGACAUUACUGCCACACGCUGUAAACAAACAGCAUUGUUAUUGAAAAUGUGCUUUAAAAAUAAUUAUUUGCAUUUAUAAAGUGCUCACUUUAUGCCAGCAUUAUUUUAAUUGCUUUACUUAUCUUAACUUAUUGAAUCCUCAUAUCAACCUUGUGUAAGGUAGUUACUCUUAUUGUCAUCAUCUCUGCUUUGUGAAUGAAAAACCUGCUGCCCACUGAGGAUAAAUCACUUGCCUAAGGUCACACGGCUAGUAAGUGCUUACACAGAAAAAUUAGAACUAGGUGGUCUGGCUCUGCUGUCUGCACUCCUCCCCACUACAUGCUAUAGUCCAUCAAAAUAAUAAUUGUCUCAUCUCUUUUUUUGUUCUAGAGAACUUUAAAAUACAAAAAAAAAAAAAA